GUGGAGGAUCAUUGAGGGAAAAAAUAAUGAAUACGUACUUUGACUACUUUUCCAGUGGAGACGUGUUAGGUUUGUCUGCAAAAUGUUGUCACGGUGAGCACAGGUCUGUCCCGCUACAGAAUUCAUUAACUGGGGAGACUGUGGGGAGAUUGCCAAUAAGUAUAAAUGCCUUGGAUCAUCCUUCGGUGUCAUCAGGAAUGCUGCCUCCGAGCAGAUUUGAAAUCCCUUAUGAAAAUACUGCAAGUGGCGCCGAGAUCAACUAUUUUGGUCAGGGAAUAGGCUACGAUGUAACCUAUGGAUGUCACAACGAACUCGAGGACAGCGGGGCACAUGUCCAGUACCUGAAUUCUGUAUACUCAGGAAAUGGAUCGUUCCCACUAAAUCACGGAGAGACCUCGUACAGCGGUAAUGUCGAGCAAGACCAAUACAAGCACCAUUCUAAAACAUUACAGGGCUUUUGCACGGGGAGCUAUCAAAGCCUUUCGUCUCCUCAAGUAAGUUACUCAAAACCCGAAGAGACACAAGUUGCUGCAAACACCUUCGAGUGGAUGAAAAUCAAGAGAAAUCACCCUAAAACCAGUAAAACGGUCGAUUAUGGGUUACCGAGUGCCGCCGCGACAGCUCGAACAAAUUUCACUACCAAACAGCUCACUGAACUCGAAAAGGAAUUUCAUUUUAAUAAAUAUCUAACCCGGUCUCGGAGGGUCGAGAUAGCCACCACCCUGCAUCUUAAUGAGACCCAGGUGAAAAUCUGGUUUCAGAACAGAAGAAUGAAGCAGAAAAAGAGAGAGAGAGAAGGCCUGGCGACUGUCCUUCCGCCUCACGUUUCGAAGAACUCGGACACUUCUUCCUCCGAAAACAAUUCUCCAUCUUCUUCCCCAUCGUGUUCUCCCCAAACAUCUGUGUGUUAACUGUGCAUUUCCCAGGAGGGGCACAAGCCGCUCUCUGUGAUUUAUCCGGGUCCCAACAUUGCCGUCCACGCUGGUAACAUCCAAGGUUUUCACUGACAGCAUACUCCAUUAUGAUUGCUUGUUUUUUUUAUUAACAGAAUAGCUCACCUUAUGGUUACGGCUUUGACUUAUUUCUAGAAAUAAGGAUUUCGCAACGUCCUGCCAAACAUGGCCCGCUCCUCAUUCUAAUGUAAUUGUAAUCGUUUACAACUUGUCUUUCAGGUCGUUGGUUUCCUUUAUUUGUCGCUUCAUCGUAUUAAAAGCACAAAUGAUGUACACAGUAAAUACAGUAAUUAUCCCUUGCACUGAUCUUUUUUUAAAUGUUAAUUUAUAUCUGUGUUUGUAAAUAUGGUCUGUUUUGUAUUUUAAAUUUUAAGUUGUCAAAGACAACGUGUUGACUGUGUUGGAUUUAAGAAUGUAUUAUGCCUAAACCAGAUAUUGCCUUACCAGAUUCUACUACGUGGCUUUAAUAAGUGUGCAUCAUUCCUGGUAUUUAAGAGUGGGAGGUGUUGCAAUUUACAGGAACUUAAUUUCACAUAUUAAAACGACUUCCAUUUUCACGGUGAGAAGUGUUUAACACUCUAUAACGAACCAAAGAUUUAAGAAUUCUGUUUUAAAAACGAUUACAUUUGUUGGACCAAAUCAGGUUAUCCUCAGGAACACCUUCAUAUGAUAUGAAGUUUGCACUAUAGAAGCCUCAGGUUCAAAGGUUAACUUGCUGCUACAAGUGGUCUAUUGUUGUAGGUUCAAUGUCGAUUCUUUUUUUAAUACUUGGGACACUGACUUAAAAAACAAACAAAAAUGUGUAUUCCGUUGUGAUACACGACUAGUUCAAAGAGUUUAACAUCAGCUUUAAAACCAUAAGUUUUAUUUAAUAGGUAAUUACAUGUAAUUUUACUUGAAUAUGUAAACCACGCUUUUUAAAAUAAACGGGUGUUUA